CAUACGCGGUCAAUCGCGGUAGCUGCCUAAGAAGGUACCCAUGUAUUUAAGCUCCACGGUAGUAGCUAUGCACCCAGGAGUUGAAUUGGAAAGAGACCAUUUGUGAAAAUUUAACUCAGCAUACAAUUUCUUUUUUUUCCUUUCUCAGUGCAUUAGGCACAUACAUAUUCCCCCUCUACCUACGACAGUCACAAUAAAAUCCAUAAUGGCCGACCAUUACGAGAAGCGAGAGGAGGAAGAUGAUGAAGAUGAGAUUGGUGAACAGGAUUACAAAGCACAAAAAGAUGCUCUCAUUUUUGCCAUCGACGUUAGCGAGUCGAUGCUUCGGCCGCCUCCUGAAUCAAAUGACAAGAAAGCAGACAAAGACCCACCUGUAUAUGCAGCUCUCAAAUGCGCAUAUCAAGUGAUGCAGCAACGGAUCAUAUCGAAUCCCAAGGAUAUGAUGGGUAUAAUACUUUUCGGCACUGAAAAGACAAAAUACCGAGAUGAUCAGAAUCUUCCAUAUGCGCAUUGCUAUGUCUACACCGACCUAGACAUCCCCGCUGCUGAAGACGUGAAGAACUUAAAGGACCUUGUUGAAGAAGGGGAGGACGCAGAUGAAGUCCUUGUACCAGCGAGCGAGGAUGCCCAAAUGUCGCAUUUGCUUUUCCUAGCAAAUAAUCUUCUCACUACUAAAGCGCCGAACUUCGGGUCUCGAAGACUGUUCAUUAUCACGGACAAUGAUAACCCACAUAAGGGUAGCAAGCAAAUUAAAGAAACCGCAGCAUGUCGUGCCAAGGACUUGUACGACCUAGGUGUGACUAUCGAGCUCUUCGCGAUCACUCGUGGUGAUGAGAAGUUUGACUUUAGUAAAUUUUACAAUGACAUCAUUUAUCGGGAUCCAGUUGUUGAGGAAGCACACCCAGGAAAAGUCUCGACAUCCAAGUCUGGCAAUGGUUUGACUCUUCUCAAUUCGCUUAUAUCCAACAUCAACUCGAGGCAAACUCCAAAACGAGCAUAUUUCAGCAAUAUGCCACUUGAGCUUGGCCCUGGACUACAAAUUUCCGUUAAGGGAUACAAUAUCAUUCAAAAGCAAGUCCCAGCUCGUAGCUGUUACGUCUGGUUAGACGGCGAGAAGGCCCAGAUUGCUUCGGGCGAAACUGCUCAUAUUGCCGAAGAUAGCGCCAGAACAGUACAGACGGGUGAGGUGAAGAAAGCUUAUAAAUUUGGCGGCGAAUACGUUUAUUUCAGCGAGGAUGAGCAAAAGUCAAUCAGACAAUUCGGAAAUCCGAUAAUCCGAAUAAUCGGCUUCAAAGAUAGGUCAAAGCUAGGGUUUUGGGCCUCCAUUAAGAAGUCCAUCUUCAUUUUCCCCAGUGAAGAUGGUUAUAUCGGAUCAUCACGUGUCUUCACUGCAUUGUGGCGAAAACUUCUAGACUCCAAGAAAAUUGGUAUCGCAUGGCACAUCGCUAGAACGAACGGCAAUCCGCAGUUGGUUGCCAUUAUACCCUCCAAGGCGCAGUCAGACCAGAAGUCGGGAAUGGAUUUUAUACCAGCUGGUUUAUGGCUAUAUCCGAUUCCAUACGCCGACGAUGUACGCGAGGGUCCUGCAGAUGUGAAAUUAAUUCGAACCACGGACGCGUUAACGGAUAUGAUGAACAAGAUCAUUGGCAAUUUGCAAUUACCAAAAGCCACUUACAACCCCGCCAAAUAUCCGAACCCCGCGCUCCAAUGGCAUUAUAAAAUUCUUCAAGCCCUCGCACUGGAGGAAGAAGUACCUGAGAAGCCAAACGACGCAACUGUGCCGAAAUAUAAAGCCAUUCACACUAGGUGUGGUGAAUACAUCCAGGGAUGGUCCCGUAUUGCGGAUGAUGUCUUGGGCUUGAUAAAGGAUGCCAAGGCUCUCAAGCGGGAAAUGGAAUCUGACGAUGAUGAAGCGCCUAAACCAGCAAAGAAACCGAGGACGACGGCAACAAAAGCUUCUGGUAGUACGGGGUUGAGCAAUGUCGAGCUGAAGAAGAAAUACAAUGAUGGCACCCUAUCAAAAUUGACGGUAGCUGACUUGAAGCCAAUCCUCAACGACCGCGGGAUUGACUCCAAAGGAUUGAAGAAGACACUCGUCGAGAGACUAGAGGAGUGGGUUAUCGACAAUGUGUGAGGAAUUUCAGAUGGCUGGGAAUAUCUAUCGGUUAAGGCUAGAGCACUUGUAAAUCAGCUUUCGGCGUUGUGGAUGGCUCAGUGAUAUGCUCUUCAACUAGGGACGAUGUACCCAUAGUGUAUAAAAUCAUUCUCAUUCACAUUGGUAUCUGUGAGGCUAUUCUAUAAAAAACAUGUAAUCGAAAGAGAUGAACGUGUCUGAAUUUGAUGGUUGAAAAUAUAAGGUACCGAGGUACUUAUGCCAAUCUAAUCUGACUAACCCC